AUGGGGGCGCUUCAAGUUCUAGGGGGACUCGGGCCUCUCCUGGACCCCCCAGUCCUUCCCAGCACUCGGAGCCCAAAGGGGCAGAGCGGCCUCCGCCGGCACAGCACCCCGGGCGGGGGGCGCGGGGCGGGCAGUCGGACCUGCCGAGCGGGCUCUCGGCCGGGCUCGGGUUUCCUGGGCCGGAUGGCCGGCCACAGCACGGAGGCCGCGAGCUCGGGAUGCCCGGCGGGCGUGCGCGGCUCGGACCCGCCCGCGCGCGGCCCCCGGUGCAGCUGCCGCCUCCCCCGGGCCGGAGGCGGUGGGAAGCCCCCUCCCCGGCUCCGCGCCCCCUUGGCGGGGCCCUGGGCGGAGCACCUGUCCCCCGGGACGCCCCAUGGGGGCCGAGCGGGGGCGGGUGCGGAGGGCCGGAGAAAAGGCGCAGGCGGCGCGCGCGGCGGGAGUGAGGGCGCCCGGCGAGCGCGGGACGGGCACGCGAGCUGCCGAGCUGCGCGCACAGGGGCCGGGAGCCCGCGGAGCAGCCGGGUGCUCGCGGCGUCCGAACGGGGACAGGUGAGGGGCGGCAGGUGA